CGUCUCAGUUUUCUGUUUUUUAUUCUUAAUUAUCUCGGACACAAAAAGCUACAAUUUAAAGAGGAGGAGAAGUUGGCACACCGCUGAGAUUAAAAUUCUUCAUUUUAAGAAUCAAAGACGUGAAGAGGACAAACUUCUGACACCCUGAUUUUGGAUUUUCAACAGCGGCAGCAGAGAUGGCGAACGUCACCAACCACGGGAAGCUGCUGUUGCAGCGCUUACAUCAGCAGCGGGAGAUGGACUUCCUGUGUGACAUCACCAUCAUGGUGAGAGACGUGGAGUUCAGAGCUCACCGCAACAUCCUCGCUGCCUUCAGCAAGUACUUCUCCUCCCAGGCCGAGAAGGGUCAGGACGUGACGACCCUGGACCCCGAAAAGGUCAGCCGCUACGCUCUGGAGAAGCUUCUGGAGUUCAUCUACACCGGACAGAUGAACCUCAGCAGCACCAGACAAGCAGCGGUGCGUCGAGCCGCCGUGUUCCUGGGAAUAUCCGAGGCCACCAAGUUCCUGGAGGAGUCGCCCCACUGGUCCGAGCUCAGCGAAACGUCCCAGUCGGAGCUGGACAAGGAAGCCGGCGCGUCUCCUCGGAGUCCGGCGUCCCCGGGCAGCCCCAGCUCACCUGUCCCUCUGUCCAUCGCCUCCCUGGCGGGGGAGUGGCAGGAGGAGGGGGCGGCCGGCAAGGAGCAGGGCGACGAGGGCAAAGACGCCGACGUGGAAGAGAAAAGCGACGAGGAGUACACGCCGAGGAGCUUCGGAAGAGGACAGGGGAGGAAGAGGGGCAGGAGGCCCAAGAGUUUGGGUGGCGAGGUGGCGGAGGCGAGCAGCUCGGGUGACGGCACCCCCAAAACCCAGAGCUACAGGGGGAGGGGGAGAGGCAGAGGGAGAGGCCGGGGGAGAGGACGAGGGCGAGGACGAGGCGGAUUCAAGAGUGAGGAAGUGUUUUGGGAAGAUUCUGACGGCAGCGAGAAGGACUUCCUGGACAACUCCGACGAAUGGAGUCCCUCUCAGGAGGACGAGUCUCCGGCCAAGAAACCACGCCUGAGCGGCGGAGAGGGACGGAGAGGGCGAGGCCGGCCGAGGGGGAGAGGCAGAGGGAGAGGCCGCGGGCGGGGCAGGAGGAAGACCUCGGAGGAGAUACGGGAGGAGCUGGGCAUCAUGGCGACCGAAUACGACGACUUGGGGAUGGCGCUGGAGGCCGGCGAGCAGGAUCCGUCGGAAAUGGACGAGAUGACGCUGUCGUGCUCCCAGUGCAACAAACUGUUCAAAGACGUGAGCAGCCUGCGCAGACACGAGAAGAUCCACGAGGGGCUGAAGCCGUUUGUCUGCAUCUUCUGCUCCAAAACCUUCAGACAGGCGACGCAGCUGAAAACACACCUGCGGAUACACACAGGCGAGAAGCCGUUUAACUGCUCCGACUGCGAGAAGUGUUUUGCUCAGAAGUGUCAGCUGGUCGCUCACCGCCGGAUGCACCACGGAGAGGAGAAGCCUUACACCUGCGAGCGCUGCGGCUUCAAGUUCGCUACCUCGUCCAACUACAAGAUCCACAUCAGACUGCACAGCGGGGAGAAACCGUACGUGUGCGACAUCUGCGGUCAGGCGUUCGCUCAGUCCAGCACGCUGACCUAUCACAAGCGGCGACACACCGGAGAGAAGCCGUACCAGUGUGAUCUGUGCGGCAUGUCGUUCUCCGUCUCUUCGUCUCUCAUCGCGCACGCACGAAAACACACAGGUGAGACCCCGUACAAAUGUCCACAGACGAAAUGUGACUCAAAGUUUGUGACGUCUUCCGAACUGAAGAAACACAUGAGGCGACUUCACCCAGAGGGGAACACAGGUGUGCAGUGUCUGCUGUGUGGAAACAGGUUUGCCAACGUGAAGAACAUGAUCAAACACCAGGAGAAAGCUCACGCUGAUGAAGUGCGGCAACACAAGGAGAGAGCCAGAGCAGUCGUCCUCCUGGCCUCCAGUCAUCCCGUGGCUUUUGUCCAGAGCAAACUCACGGAGGAAAACAAAGGCCUGUCCUCCAUCCCCGAAGGCGAGCCAACCAACCCUGAACCAGCCACCCCAAACCCCAAAGCCGCGGACCCGUCGGCGGUCGUCGCCUCUGAAGACGACGCCACCACCACCGCCGCCAUCAUGCAGGACUUCAAGGCCGAACCCGCUCACCCCGCCAUCACCGCCACCGCCGCAACCAACGACCAGGUGACCUUUGACACCGACCAGGAGCAGACCAUCAACUCGGACACCCUCCACGCUCUGGUGGAGCAGCUGAGGCCGCCGCCCUCCCCCGCCCAGAGCCUGGAGCAGAUCGUCAUCAUCAGGACGGUGGACAACGGCGAGCACAACGCUCCUCAGCAGUGAGGCCGUGUCUCACGGUCACCUUCAGGCGUUUAUCCGCGUAACACAGACUGUGACGGAGCAUUUAAACCGCUGAGAGUGCGCGUAGCAUCGCCGCCGCAGAGAAACGCGCUCUCCGCUCUGCAUUUCUUCUUCCGGUGUAAAAACAAACGUGGUCAUCCAUUUUGGCUCUGUGUGUCAAACUUCACCAGCGGCUUAAACUCCACCACUUUACCAAAAAAACUUGAAUUUACCAACAUUUUCGUGCGGCUGCAGUUCUGUCUGGACGAAUAAUCUCACGUAAAGAAACGACUCUGGCGUCUUUUAACAGAAACCGUAGUUUGUGGGAGCGGAUGUGAUUUUUUAUGGCUGAUGCUCCACCUUCAGUGGCGUGAUGUUGGCUUCGUUCAUGUAAACACAGCCCAGGUCUUUGUUUCACUGUAAAACUGUUUGUUGUUUUAAAGCAGCUGUUUUAGUGUUUGUGCUUCUAGGUUGAAAAAACGUUAUAUUUCCAUCGACAACAAGUAGCUGUUUAAUUUGUUUUUCUUUUUUUUUCUUUUUUAAUUUUAAAAAAACAUCUGUGUUACUUGUACAGAAACGUGAGUUACAUAUACGAGUUCACUGCUGUAUAAAAACUGUACAACUGGACAAUAAAAUGAAAAACAAAAAGGGA